AUGAAUAGGUUAUCAUCGUUGGUUGUCAAACAACGACAUGUAACAUCAUCAUCAACAACAGCAACAACACAAUGUAUAUUGAAGUCCUCCCUACUACCAUUGACUACUAGACAUAGACAUGGACUCAAAUCAAACACAUCAUCGAGAACAACAUCAUCAACAACUAUAUUGUUGAUGAGUAUGAAUAGUGGAAUCAAUGGAACCAACUGUGACGCUGCCACUCAACUCAGACACUACUCAGUGUUCAGCUUCCUCUCAAACAUCAUCUCUCCCAAAGAUACAUUCGAAUCAAUCACAACUGCACUCGACAACAACAAGAUGUCAAUCGAUGAAGCCAAUCGAAAACUUGAGACACUACUUCAGUCAAUGUCAACAAGAACGAUAGGUGGUGUAGAGAGUUAUGAAGAGUAUGAUGCGAGGAGGAGUGAGAUAUAUCCAACGUACACGACAAUGCAACACUUGUUAUAUAAUACAUCGUCAAAGGUCAAUAUAAAGACUGCCAACAUCUUCUUGCAGUACUACGUGAACAUUGGCCACGAACUAUACUUUGUCAAGACCUUCAACGCGUUCCGCCGCAUCAAGCUGACGCCCGACACCGUCACGCUCAACAUCGCCUAUCAAGCCAUGCAAAGCUUCAAGUCGAUCAACAAGAUGAGCGAAACGAUGGAGCUCGACGUGCUGCAGUACGCGUUCGAGCAGGCCCACCAGAACCACACGCACGAGCAGUUCAUCCAGCGCUUCAUGAGCGAGGCCGAGUACCCCUACUACCUGAUGCCCCAGGUGCUCGUCUACAACCAGCUCAAGGACACGCCCAUGCACCGCGAGCUGUUUGAGUCGGCGCUGGCGGCGGUCGUGGCGUCGCCGCACCACGGCCUGCUCAGCACGACCGUCACCAUCUGCAUGGAGAUCAACCGCCAAGACCUGGCGCUGCGAUGGUUCAUCCGACUGAUGCUCGAACACAAGUCGAUCGUGAGGCACCAUCGCAUCAUCCGUCUGUUUGAGCUGUACUGCACCAAGCGUCUGCGGGUCUUUGGCGAGAUACAUUCAACUGGCGCCAUUGGCAAUAUCGCCACAGAGUUCCUGACAUCGCACUACUGGAGGGCCUUCCUCCAUGGAAUCAUGGCAUCCCCGGCCAAGGAACUGCCCGAUCUCACCAUCUGUCCAAUGAUCAAGUUGGCCAACGAGGAGAGCAUCGAACGACAGCGCACAAUGAUGAAGCAGAUCGACCCUUCUGCCGCCGCCGCGGCCACAGCUGCAGCCGACGCUGAGGACAAUGAUGGCCUGGCGGAUGGUGAGGAGGGUGACGACGAGGAGGGCGAUGACGAGGUGGUGGGACCAGACAGCAGCGUAGGCGCCAAGCCGUUUGCCCUCACCGAUCCAAUAGACUUGCGAGCACCAUUAGUGAAAGGCAAGCGCUCACUCUACAAGCUGUAUCCGACGCCAGAGUCCUUGUCACAGGACACCCCAAUGAUGUACUACAUAAUGCACUUCAACCAAAAGAUACUGGGCGACGACUCAGCGCCACAGUAUAUCCGUUUGUUGGCAGCCAAUCCAGGAUUCUUCUUGGCGCCCCUGGCUAGGACGCCCGAGCGUGCUAUCAAAAAGAUACAGCGCCACUCUGACGUCACCUACUACUAUCCAGAGUCCCACUCGAUCAUGUUCCAAUUGACCAUUGGCCUGUACAACCUGGGCCGCAACGACCUGGCCGAGAAGGUAUUCCGUCACCUCACCAACCUGUGGGCGGCAUCCUCCGGCCGCCAGCUGACCUUCUGCUACGACCGCCUGUUCACCUACAUGAUGUCCGUGCCCAAUGAGGGACACAACCACAAGAGCAUCUCCAACCUGAUGAUUGAAGGCGUUGAGUUGUAUGGCGAGAGAAUCGGUGUGGCAGUUCGCGCAUUCUGUGCCUACAACCGCAACAAUAUCGAACUGGCUACACGCAUCUUUGAGGAGAAUGAAGACAAGUUCAUAAGCCGACAGUUUGUGUCGGUUGGCACUAUGAUCUAUGGUAACAAGGUCCUGCAGGGCGACUCUUCGGUCUCUUUCGAGCAGCUCGAAGCCUACCUUAUCAAGCACAUCCCAUGGCUGGUCAACACCAAAGACUUUAGGUUCGUCUACUACGACAUCUUCCUGGCGCUGCGUAGCAUUGAUUGCCUGCAGCCAUUUAUGGAACAGUUCAUGGUGAGCUUCAAAGGAGGUCGCCCCUUCAACAAACACAUAAGUCUGCGACUUCAACAUCAUUUGCCCAUCGAUCAGCAGCUCGACAUGCAACAUCAAUCACUGCUCAUUCAAUGCAAUGCCGACACACGCCAGAAGAUGUUGGAUACGUAUCACUUGUUGGGCUCGCCAAAAAUGCUCACGACCAAUGCGUUUUCAUUGAUCAAGGAGAGCAAAGAGGUUGACAUGAGCAAAUUGAUCAAACGUGAUCAGCCUGGCGAAUGUGACAAAACUCCACUCUCUGAAAAGUCGAUACUCUACAUCAACAAUCUACUCAACUACAAAGGAAGGAUUGAUGAUGAUAGCGAUGAUAUAAUAAUUCCUCAGCAACAGAGCAAGCAACAACAAAAGAGGACUCUAUAG